CCCUACCUUCAUCUCUCCAUCUCUCUGUCUCACUAUCACCCUACGACUCUGCAAGAUCUAUUCUACCAGGCACUUACGUCUACAACAGUAACCAUGUCAGCCACGAUGGAGGCCGCACGCCGCUUCUUCACGUCGCCGCAGUUUGCCGUGGCGGGGGCCAGCAACGAUCGCAGCAAGUUUGGCUACAAGAUCUUUGCAUGGUAUCAUCAACACUCCCUGCCCGUCAUUCCCCUCAACCCGCGUGCCCCCGAGAUCGAACUGCCGUCGCAGAACUACAAGACGGUCGCCUCGCCCCGCGCAUUGCCCAACCCCGACCAGACCUCUCUCUCCAUCGUGACGCCUCCCCCAGUGACCCUCGCCCUCCUUAAGGAGGCUCACAGUGUGGGGGUCCCCGCGGUCUGGCUCCAGCCGGGCACAUACGACCAGAGCGUGCUGGACUUUUUGGAUGGCCACUUUGCGGCGGCGGUGGUGGGCGAUGGGGGCCUGGGCGGCGAGGGCUGUCCAUUCUCCCUCGACGCUCCCAUCCCUCCACAUCUCGACCUGGCCGGUGCUCGUUCGCAACUGUUCCAAGUGCCGCCGACCCCCUCGGCCUCAUCGGCCUUGUAUCGCUCUAUUUCCAUUCCCAACCGCAAAAGAUCCCGCCCUGAGAUUGAGAAUCGCUCCUGGCUGGACAUCGACACCCCCACCACUCGAGUUUCCUCGUUUUUCUCCCCCGACGAUUAUCUUCCCGGGGUAGAUGACAUCUCUGCUGAUCUCGACUACCGCCCCAGUCGGUAUCGCAAUCUUCCGCGCCCCAUCGCCCUCGAUGACAGCAUCGAAUCCCUCAGUGAAGCCGCAGGCAUCCGUCGGAAACGCAGUCGUCCCGACCCGUCGUUGAUCGCGGCCUCGUCCAUCACCUCUCCCACCAAUCAUAAUGAGAAGAUGACCACCACCAGCGUUGCUUAUCCGCCGCUGGCUCCCGUCCGCUGGAGUCGGGCUGUGCUAGGCGUUGUCGGCAAGGUCUGGGACUUUUGCUGGGGUGGAGCCUUCCGGGGUUUCCAUGCUGGGGGCGGCAGAGGCUACACCAUGACAGGGGAGGAUGCAUCGCUCCCGCUCCCCGCCCCAUCGACUGAGAAGGAAAGCUUUAUCUUCGCCUCAACCCCCCAGAUACAGGAACAGGGGCCUUCAAGUCCGCUGCCUGGUCAUUAUCCGGGUGAGGACGAUCUCAACCGCAGUUGGGUCAUGGUUUCCGCCCGCGAGGGACUCGACGAAUCCAGCCCAUCCCAGCGCAGGCGUGUCCAUCGCCGGACUCCAGCACAUACCCACAGCCGCCGGCGGUCGCAGGGUAAGCGCACGCUGAUGUCACCGCAUGCGCCGUCGAUGCCGGCCAAGUCUCAGUUCUCGACACCCGCCAAGCCACGUGAAAGCCCUGUGUCGGUAGAGACCCAGCGCUACAUGGCGCAAAAACGACGCAUGGAGCGGGAGGAAGACGCCAGCCUCGCGCGGCUAAACCGCCAGCUCCAGGCGAUGAUCAAAGAGGGCCAGCAGGCGCUGGGGACCCGCGUGGAAGUGAACGACAUGGAUAUGGAGGACUAAUGCUUUUGAAAUGUCCGACUCUAAACUGAUACCCUUCGUUGAAACCUAUUUGACCUUACUUGAUGAUUGGCGACGCUCGUUACGACUCAUGACCCGGAUAAUGAUUGGCGUGCACAUUUCCACGAAUGCACGCGUGCCACGAUAUUGUUAUAGUUAGCUACUACUACGGACCGAACCACAGAAUAUGAAUAUUGUAACUGCAUUAAUCAUUGAAUCGUAUAGAGUGAAAGGUCCUAAACUAUUUCUUCCCAGCACCCAUACCAGCCUCUGCUCCAGCCGGCCCAACACCAGCUCCAGCUCCAGCACCAGUCCCGCCUCAGGC